AUGACUUUUCGUACAGAGACUGUGCAGUGUACAGUAUUCCCCAUACAAAAGUAUUCACGCGAAGGCAGAGUCAGUCAGCAGGCGCAAGUGCUAGGCACCCGGGAUGAAGAGCCCCAAGCAUACCACAAAUCCACGGGCUGGGAGCAUCUAUCGCUUCAGCCACUAACUUGUCGAGUGGCAUUGCAUUAUAGAGACCCAGAUACAUGUAUUACUAUGCUUUCGGUCGAGUGGAUUCCCCCCAAUGCUGUCUCAAUAGUACUUGAAUCUCUAUGUUUGCAAGGCGCCUGUUCGAGCCACGAAAACUCAAGUGUACAAAUCACAUACCACGGCACACGCAUAGGUGUACGGUACACAGGAGAGCCGGAUGCACGAGCAUGUCGACCUUUGCGCCGAUUCCAGCUACAACUUCACGAUGCACACGAUACACGAGCGCUCGUCUCGCUCAUUGAGCACAAAUGUACCUGUGUACCUGCUCAAAUCGACACAUCGAUAAGCAAGACGCUCACACCGCCAUCGACACCAGUACCCGUAGAGCGCGGUGUUCACUCAACUAUUCUCACACCUCCAUUGCGGCAAUCAGCACGGUCGGCGCGUGCGAUCCGGGGGCAUACAUUCGAUGACUAA